AUGGGCGCCGUCACCAAAGUUUGUUCAGUGCUCCUCCGCUUCGGCCAGCUUGCCAGCAGCGCCAUCGUUCUCGGCCUCUUGAGCCACUUCUUCCACCGGGCGCGGAGCGCCGGCGCCCCGCACCCUAGCGGCCGGCUAAUCUACACGGCGGUAAUCGCUGCCCUGUCGAUUCUAGCCGCGUUGAUAACCAUACUACCGUUCGCCUUCUCGUUCUGGGCCUUCCCGGUCGACUUUGUGUUGUCAGUCGCGUGGUUGCUGACCGGCUUGCACACGUGCCGGUCUGGCUGGUUUAGGGGUUAUUGGGGCUUAUACUGGAGCAGAGUGCGCCAGACCGGUCUACGACCGGGAGGAGGCCGGUUGAGAAGAUGGGCGGGUUGCGCGGCGUGGCGUGCCGUGAUAGCCUUUUGCUUCAUUGCCUUUGUUCUAUAUCUAAUUAGCGGCAUCUUGGUGAGUUACUUCUCGGUCGUCCCGCAAAGCUCUCCCGCUCCCGUCCCCGACUAA